ACAUUGUGGUAUGAGCGUACAAAAAAACGCAUUUUGUGUGGGUAUUCUAGUGAUCGGAGCAACCGGGUGAUCGAAACAGCCGGGAAAUACGUUAUUGCAUUGCAGAUCAGUGGCGGCUUGCUUGCCUCUGCCGUGUGUCUGUCGGGAUUUUUUCCCGCGGCCUCGAUCAAGCGACGGUUCGUAUCAAGGGCUAUAAAAGCCCACGCUCCUGCUCUUGUGAAUGGGGAAAUCGAAGACUCGAAAUCUCUGCUUCCAAGACCCACCAAUCAUGGACCCCCAGCAAGAAGUGAACGACAUUCUUUCCAAUGUCCGAUCCAUCAAGGACCUGACGCGGGACAAAGUGCUUGCCCUGCGAGGAACGCUCGCAGGAAGGAUUCGCGUGGAAAACCUCCAGGCAAGCCCUGA